UCCUCCAAUUUUGUGUUCUGCUUCUGAAGUCAACGACAAGCUUUAAGUCCAUUUUCACCACCGACGUAGUCGAGUGCUAACAGUCCUCUGCUGUUUAGUGAUUUGCAUCUCUAAUUAUCCCCGUCAUCUUCCGAUUCCACAAUGGUCCUGAAGAAAGUUAAGGGAAAGAAAGGUGUCGGCAAGAAGGUUGCACCAGCACCUUUGGCUGUCAAGAAAGAAGUCCCAAAGAAAGUUGUGAACCCGCUCUUUGAGAAAAAAGCUCGCAACUUUGGAAUUGGUCAGGACAUUCAGCCAAAGAGGGAUUUGAGCCGUUUCGUUAGAUGGCCAAAGUAUGUCCGUCUGCAACGUCAACGUGCUGUUCUUGUUCAGAGGUUGAAGGUGCCCCCUCCAAUCAACCAGUUCCGUCAAACAUUGGAUCGUCAGACAGCCACCCAAAUGUUCAAGCUCUUGGACAAAUAUCGCCCAGAGAGCAAGCAAGCCAAGAAACAAAGAUUGCGUGCUCGUGCCCAAGCUCGUGCAUCUGGCAAGACCGAUACUCCUUCUAAGCGCCCAUUUGUAGUGCGCCAGGGUGUUAACACGGUUACGUCAUUGGUUGAGCAGAAGAAAGCACAGCUUGUUGUGAUUGCCCAUGAUGUUGAUCCAAUUGAGUUGGUUAUCUUUCUGCCCUCAUUGUGUCGUAAAAUGGGAGUUCCAUACUGCAUUGUCAAAAACAAAGCUCGCAUUGGUCGCUUGGUCCGUCGCAAGACUUGCACUUGUGUUGCUCUUACCCAGGUUGAAUCCAAUGAUAAGCUGAACUUAUCUAAAUUGGUUGAAGCUGUGAAGAAUAACUACAACGAUCGUUUUGACGAGAUUCGUCGUCAUUGGGGUGGUGGACUCUUGGGCCCGAAAUCGUCUGCCCGAAUUGCUAAAAUUGAGAAAGCAAAGGCUAAAGAGUUGGCCCAGAAAGUUGUGUAAUUUGUCUAGUUACCUGCUAUUGACUUCAUUACACGAUGAACUGAA